UGAUGAACCUAUUUCAGAAGAAAUGUUUAGAUAUAAAACCUAAACCAACUACACGGUGUUAGUAAAUCUAAAAAGAAAAUAAGUAAUCAGUGACUUAGGAUUACUGGAUCUCCCCCUUACCCCCCCCCCCAUUCUCAUUUUCCCCCUCCUGUCCUCCGAAGAAUGGAACAAGAUAAUGUUGAGAUAACAGCUCUCCUAGGUUGGCUGAGAACAUUUAAUCUAACUUCAGAGGUGUCUUGUACAGCAGAUUUGUACGGUGGAACUGUACUUGCGGAAGCACUUGUACAGAUUGAACCUUCGGAGUUUACACCAGCGUGGUAUGCAGGCUUGAUUCAGAGCAAGGGUACAAAUUACGAAAUAUUUGAUUCAAUUUUAAAUCUUCUGCUUUAUUACUACAGGAACAAGUUAGCAGAUAUCUGUGUAGCAGACGACCUUCCUUUACCUCAUCUUCCCAACCAGUUUAGUUCAUUGAGUACAAAUACACUCGUCAAGUUCCUAAAGUUGAUGUUAGGAGUGGCUGUGACGUGUACAAACAAACAAACAUUUAUAAACAAAAUACAAUCUUUGGACGAGACGGCACAGCACGCUUUAACCUCGUGUGUUGCAAGCUUUAUCUACACUAGAGAGUGGACAGGUCGUCUUUCCCAGCUUAGUUCUACUCCAGAUCUCAAGAUUUCUACCCCACCGGGUGAAGAGGUUUGGGCUCAAAAAUGCCAUGAACUUGAUUUUCAGGUUGCAAUGUUGAAAGAAGAACGUGAAAAUCUAAUGGCUGAAAACGAAGAUCUUUAUGGAAAGGUGCGUGCAGCCCAAACACUUUCAAGAAAGGACUCUGUGAAGGCUCGUGAGUUUGAGCGUGAGCUAGCUCAUAUACAAGAUGAGUUUGAGCGUCUACGUCUUGCAUAUGAGGGAACAAGAACUCAACUUGAAGCUAUGGAGGUUCGGUUACGUUCCAGCAGUCAGGAAUCUGAGGGAGUCUCUUUAUCUAAACUAAUGGAGGAGACAAAUACCCUUAGAUCUGAACUAGUCUCACUCAGGAGUGAACUGGCAGGAAGGGGGCAGGUAUCAGGAGAAGGAGGGAGGGGUUCAGGAGAUCCUGCUCUAGAAGUUGAAAUAUCUGAACAUAGUCAAGCUAUUCAGGAGAUAAAAGCAGUACUAGAAUUUCAGGUUGGACUGGGACAAGAGGUUCAGUGUUUAAAGGAUCAGGUUGAUAUUCUCCGGGAGCAGAAUCAUACACAUAGAAACUAUGAUCAGGAGUUAAAGGACUUGAAGGUUCGAUUAUCUGAGUUACAGAGCUCGAAACUCCCUACUCGAACCAGGAUCAGUCCGACAUGGAAUGAACUCGAAGCAACACAAGUUAUACAGGAACCAGCAAAUAUAGCACAGCAGUGUGCAAACAGAACCCUAUUAAGUUUAGAAAGUGAAACAUGCUUAGCUGUAGAACCAUUUGAAAUUUCAGAUACAAUGGAUCAGUCACAGUCAAUAGAAGAAGUCAAUUCUUCAAACAAGAGUUCUAUGAUAUCUGAGAAGAAUUUAAAUCAAGAUGAAACUUACAUUCUUCCAGUUAAACUAUCACAGGACGAACAUGAAGAUGAACAAGAGUUUGAGGAGGACAUAGAUAAAGAGAACCCUGUUCUAAACAAGGACGUAGAGGAGAACUUGGAGGACAACAAGAGCGAGGACAAGAACGAGAUUGAGUCUGAAACAGUGUUGGUAGCAAACAUAAAACUAGAUCUCAUAGAAGAAUUAAAAAUGGAUGAGAGUAGACUAGUGGAGUCCUGCUACUCCCCGGAGACAGACUCUGGUUUAGAACUAACAACUAGCGAGAAUACUCCCUUCGCGAGCAGACCAGAGUCAGAGCUUAUACUAGGAGAAGAAACCAGAGUUGAGGAUGAGGUAGAGCAUUCCCCCCGUCAGCUUGAGAUGCUGCUAGAAGAGAGUGCUGGAGCUAGUGGAGCUUCUUCUCCAAGAGACAACACAAGUUCUGAAAAGGUUCUUGAACCUGAACCUGAGAAAGAGUCUCCUGAACCCAGUGAUCCAGUACUAGAAGAUAUGGUCGGAGAAGGAGAGAUGGAAUCCUUGAUAAGAAGAAAGAGAACCUCAACAGUGGAGGAAACCCAUAGAUCAGUCGAGCAUAUUAUCUCCGAGAUCCAGAACCCUGAUCUGGACUCUAGUCUAGAGGAUAUACAGGCCAUGGUGGACAACGCCGACCUGGGGGAGAGAGUUGGGGACACCAGGGAGGGGGAUCUUGUCACCCCGGUAAAUGAACAGCAUAGGGUUAGCCCGGAGUUUGCCCGGGCAGCUGGACUACUAGAUAGGAGUCCGGAGAAAGGGUUUGAUCCUGAUGAUCCUAAGGUUAAGGAGCUGGAGGAAUGGGAGCUAAGGAGCCAUGAUAAAUCCUUAGUUUUAGAGGAGUCUGGUAGUAAACUGAGAAAUAUUUUCAAAUCAAAAAGAUCGAGCAAGAUUGAAGAGAGGAGUCCCUUGAUGCCUGAAGGAGAGGAAGGAGAUGAACAGGAGAAGGAGGUUAAAGAGAAAGUAGAUUGGGGAUGUAUAAACUCUUGGCUCAUUCGAAUAUUGAUCAAAAUAUUCGAUUAGAGACAUCGAUUGGUCGAUCUGGAGCAAAUAGUCAAAGAGAAAACUAUUUUAAUUUACACUUUUUGUUAAGAAAAGAUAAACAUAAUGAGUCCAAUCAAUUGUCUUUACAAAUACCGUUCAAUUUCUUGCAUUGUUGCAUUGUACAAUUUAAGAUUUUUUUACAAAUUAUGCUCUUUUAUUUUGUGAACUAAGAUCAAUAUUGAAAACUAUGAUCAAUUUUGAAAACUAUGAUCAAUUUUGAUUUGUUAUCUAUGAUUAAUAUUAAAAACUGCCAUUAUUGAUUGAACCUUUAAUUAAUUUUGAAAACUAUGAUCAAUAUUGAAAACUAUAGAUCAUUAUUGAAAACUAUGAUCAAAAUUGAAAACUAUGAUCGUUAUUGAAAACUAUGAUCAAUAUUGCAAAAUAUGCCAAUAUUAUAACUCUAUGAUCAAUAUUGUAAACUGACCGAUAUUGUAAAUUAUGAUCAAUAUUAAUAUCAAUAUUAUUUGACAACUAAGCAUAUUCUUUAAAUCUUAUAUAAACAAACGUGUCAUAAUAAUUGUAUGUUGUCUGAAAAUAUCAUUUUCUUUAAAUUUUUUAAAAAAUAAUUAUUAUCUAUUUCCAUUGUAAAUAGUGUACAUUUAUUUUAAAUAUUUGUUAUUUGUAUCUUUUAAGGGGUUUGGUAUAACUUUCUAAAGGAUUAUAUAAUGCCUCCGAUAAGUUAUUGAUCAAUUUUAGGGAAAUAUGUAAACCCUCCGAUAUGUUAUUGAUCAAUUUUAAGGAAAUAUGUAAACCCUCCGAU